AUGAAAGAAAUGAACAAGGUGCCGUUAGAGGUUGCCAAGCAUCCGGUGGGUCUGGAUGUAGCUGUGCAAAAAUUUGACACAACUGCAAUUCAAUCUGGUGACUCUAUCCAACUUGUAGGUAUCUGGGGCAUGGGUGGCUCCGGAAAAACCACCCUCGCAAAGGAAAUCUUCAACAAGAGAUGCUCGGCCAUGGACAGAUCAAGUUUUCUUUUCGAUCUUCGGGAUGCUGCAGGGAGAGGGCUGUUGGUUGAGAAACAGAAAAAGCUUCUGGAAGACCUUGAUGUGAAAGGCGUAACCUUUGACAAUAUACACGAAGGCAAAGGGAUUCUUAAAAGCCGUUCGAGAUCUAUAUCUGUCCUUAUAGUUUUAGAUGACGUGGAUCGUGCAGACCAACUCGAUGCUUUAUUGCCAGCAAGGGAGACUCUUGGCCAUGGAAGUUUGAUUGUUGUUACCACACGUGAGUUGGAUGUUCUUAAAUCAUGGCGCAUCUCUGCCGUUUAUGAAAUGAAAGGUCUCAAUCCUAUUCAUGCCAAGCAGCUCUUUUGUUGGCAUGCAUUCUUACAACCCUAUCCACUGCCGGGAUUCGAGGAUCUCGUUGAGCAGUUCUUAUACGCUUGUAAUCAGCUGCCUUUGUCACUCGAGGUCUUAGGGGCACAGCUCUAUGACAAAUCUGACAAAGAUUACUGGCAGUGUGUAUUAGAUAAAUUGUCCAGAAUAUUGCCCAGGGACAUCAAUGAGCGGCUCCAAGUCAGCUACGAUGCACUUGAUGAAGAAGAUAAAGAGAUGUUCUUGGAUACAGCUUGUUUCUUCAUUGGGCAGAGGAAAAGUGUGGCCAUUACUAUAUGGGACGGAUCAGGAUGGAGUGGAAAGCUCUGUUGGGAAAGGCUUUUCAACAAGUGCCUUGUUAAGGAAGCAGUACAAAUCCGAGAAAUGGCAAAUGCAUUUGGCGACAACUGUUAUCCCCGGCAAGGGAGGAUCAUAAUACACACAAAACAAGGAUCGCGUAGCCUCGUGCCCUGCUCGAUUGGAUUGAGAUUUUUUGUUGGUGAUGGAGAUUUUAUUAACCAGCAAUAUAGCGAUCUAUCAAGAGAACUGAUCUGGCUUCAGUGUAAAGGAUUUAUGCACACAAAUCUUCCAUCGUGGCUUUCAUUGGAAAAAUUAAGAAGUUUAGUACUUGUUAACCCUCAAAGCAUAAAAGAUUUGUGGCAAUGUGAUGCGGAUGCUCCUUUGCAGUUAAGAGAGUUGGUUAUUGGGGUAGAUUAUCCAAGCAUCAUCAGUUUGCGAGGAUUUCCAUCGUCAAUAUCAUGUCUCAAGAAUUUGAAAAAGAUUUCAAUAGGUCAGAAUUAUGCUAAUUGGAAUACAUUAAGCAGCCUCCCAACAGAAUUUUGUGAUCUCCAAUCGCUGGAGCACCUGGAGAUAAAAUGGUGUAGAAAUUUGUCAUCCUUGCCAACUAACUUUGGCGAGUUGAAAAAUCUGCAACACCUAAAUUUGAAUCACUGCAUCAAUUUGAAGUUUUUGCCAGAUGCUUUUAAGAAACUGACACUACUGGAAUCUCUCUGUUUAAAGAACUGUAAAGAACUCACCAUCAAGCCGGCGUUACACAUUUUGGAAAACAUGACAAAGCUCAGGUAUCUGGAUCUUGACGGAUGCAGGAGAUUGGAAGAGUUGCGCCUUCCAGAAGUGGUUUCCUUAAUAAACCUCUAUUUACAAGGAACCAGCUUGAAGGAACUGCCAGCCAACAUUUUUCAACUAACCAGAAAAGUCAAGAAAAUAGCAGGUCUACAAGAGUUGAGAUCAUUACGGGAGCUGAGCAUAGAGUUAGAUGAGCUUCCAAUUUUCAGAGAGUUGACUUCUCUAAAAAGCUUUGAAUUGGAAAACUGCAACAAAUUGGAGAAGAUAGAAAGUUUAAAACCUUUGAGAUCACUGGAGAAUCUCAAGAUAAGUGAUUGCCGAGAGUUGGAGGCUCUUCCAAGUCUUACAGAAAUCAUUACUCUAAAAGAAUUUAAAUUGGUAAAAUGCCACAAAUUGAAGAAGAUAGAAGGUUUAGAAUGUCCAAGAUCAUUGGAGAUGCUCAAGAUAGAUGACUGUCCAGAAUUAGAAGGGCUUCCAAAUCUUGCAAAAUCAACUUCUUUAGAGGAAUUUGAAUUGCAGAAGUGCCACAAAUUGGAGAAGAUUGAAGGCUUAGGAAGUUUGAGAGCACUGAAAACCCUGAAGAUAACUGAGUGUCCAGAAUUAAAGUGGCUUCCCUGUCUUGCACAAUUAGCUUCUCUUGAAGAAUUUGAAUUACGAAUGUGCCACAAAUUGGAGAAGGUAGAAGGUUUAGAACGACUGAGGUCAUUGGAGAAGUUGGAAGUAUAUACCCGCUGGAAAGCGCCGCGUAUAGUAAGGCUUGGGCAGUGUGAGAGGUUGAAGUGGGUGGCAGUGGUAGCAAACGAAAGAGCAGUUGUUGAACCAUUCUUCAGUAACACGCUGCAAUGGCCAAGGGAAGUGGUAAUAUGCACGAGGGCAGUUUUUGAUGUGGGUUUGAAAAAUUUCAUUGAAAUGCCAAACGCCUGUGUCCUUGACUACUCUGCCAUGGUCGAAAGUCCAGCAUAUGGAGUGUUCCAGUUGAAACGGCCAGAGAGUUCCACCAAUGCCAUUCUGAUAUGUUUUACUAUAGAUUGUGUUUAUCCUGAUUUACACUUCAACAUUAGCAGUGGUAGCGGCGGGCGUUGUUUUAAUACCGAUUUGUGUAAAGGAAAAUGGGUAUGGAUUGGCGUCUUCACGGAGGCUUCCUCAUGGCUUCCGGCUAACCAAUACCGAAUUUGGGGAACCAUCAAGGAUAAAGUUGACGUAAGAGUGGAAGAGGCAUGGUUAGUGAUUGGCGAAAAGAGAGGCAUAAUAGGGAUUUUCCAUAAGCUUUUGGAAAGAACAGAGUUCCUGGUCAUUCUAUUAGUGUUUCUGGUAAGUUUGCCAAAGUUUCUGGUCUGUUUAGCAGCGUUUCUGAACAACAUUUCUGGUUUGUCUGUCAGCAUUUCUGGUCUGUUUGUUAGCAUUCUUGGUCUGUCUGUUAGCAUUCCUGGUUUAUUUGUCAGCAUCUCUGGUCAGUUUUGCAGCAUUUCUGGUAAGUUUUCUAGUGGUCUUGGUUAG